AUGGCCGCAAGCGUAGCCUCAAAGCGGUUGUUCCAAGAAUACAAGUCUCUAUUGACGAACCCACCGGACGGCAUCACCGCAGGACCGGUAAACGAAGAUGACCUGUUCAUCUGGGAAGCUCUGAUUCAGGGACCUGAAGGGACACCUUUCGAAGGCGGCAUCUUUCCUGCUGAACUCAAGUUCCCUAAGGAUUACCCUUUGAACCCGCCUAAAAUGAAAUUCCUUGGUGAAAUCUGGCACCCUAAUGUAUACACAAACGGCGAGGUGUGCAUCUCCAUUCUGCACCCUCCCGGCGAUGACCCGAAUCAUUACGAGAGCGCAUCAGAACGGUGGUCGCCUAUUCAGAGCGUUGAAAAGAUUCUGAUAUCCGUCAUGUCGAUGCUGGCUGAACCGAACGACGAAAGUCCGGCCAACGUGGAAGCAGCAAAAAUGUGGCGGGAACGACGGCCAGAAUUUGAGAAGAGAGUGAGACAAGGAGUAAGACGAUCUUUGGGAUUAUGA